UCGGGGAGGGGGGGUGGAAGAAAGGAUGAGAACGGGAAAAUCGAAGUCGCGCCGUAUCGUUUCACAGUUAAUGAGCUGCUGUCUGCGGUUAAGAGCGGUUAUUGAUUGUUUUGUUUGAUUGCCGAGGACACUGACUUUCGUGGGACGCAUACUUGCUGCGUAUGAACAAUACGAAACUAUUAUAAUAAAUAAACGCGAGUGGUUUCACGUCAGUGCGCCGCUUUUAAAACUCUUAAUACAGCCUGGUGGUUUCCAUGAGACGUUUUGUUAGGCUAAAUGUCAUUUUUAGUCAAUUGCGCCACCUUCCGGUCAAGAACUGAGUCCUCGGGAAAAAUAGACGACGCAUAAAAAAAUAGACAACAAAUAAAAUUUGCGCGUACAAAUUUCUUGACGUAUGUCAAACUAAGUGUAAGAUAAUUAUUUUUCGUGUACUACAAAUGAAGGGUGAAAUUUAUUACCCCUGGAAUUGAUUUUAGUGACAUUUGUCUGUAAAUUAUUUAAUUAUGCAUUUAAAUGAGCACUUUAGGAAAGUACUGAAAUGUGGUAGCUUUGUGUAAAAAAAUAAAUAAAUAAAUAAAUAAUUGAUAAAGCAUUGCGUUAGAUACAUUUAUGUACUCACAUGCUCAGACGUGGCAUAUUUACAUAAAUAAAUUACACGGAAAUGUAAAGAAAAAAAACAACAGGCAAGAUUCACAACACUGAAAACUAAGGACUUUUAUUUUGAAGGCCGUGUUUUAACUUUCGGUCGGGUUUACUGUAGCAAGCGCUGAUCGCUUGUACUUUACAUUUGAAGAAACAUGGCUUUCCAGUGUCAGAGGGACUGUUACAUGCAGGAGUUCGACACGUGUGUCGAGUCUUGCGUGCCGGCAGAAUUAACCUUCGAGAAUAAUGGAAAGAAAGAAAAGGUGAAAGGCUUCAAUCUGAAACUGAAAGACACGAUUCUGUUUCCAGAGGGCGGAGGACAGCCUGACGAUCACGGGACGGUUGGUGGUGUCCCUGUCCUGAGAGUGUUGAGACAGGGUCCGGAGGCGGUGCACUUCAUCAGCUCUGCUCUGGAGGAGGGUCAGGAGGUGCACGUCAAGCUGGACUGGGAGAGACGCUGACACAUGCAGCAGCAUUCGGGUCAACACUUGAUCACAGCUUUGGCUGAUACAAUGUUUGGAUACAAAACCACCUCUUGGGAUUUGGGCCGUCAGCGAAGCAGCAUAGAGCUGGACACGGCCGCGGUGAAGCCUGGAGAGAUGGAGGCUUUGGAGGCGGCUGUGAAUGAGAAGAUUCGUGCACACAUUCCAGUCAUGGUCAACCUCCUCUCCGUUGAUGAUCCUGCUGUGGAGAAGGUGAGAAGCCGAGGUCUUCCUGACGACCACGCUGGACCCAUCAGGAUCAUUGACAUCGAGGGCGUAGACGCCAACAUGUGCUGCGGGACUCAUGUGUCCAACCUCAGUCACCUUCAGGUUAUAAAGAUUUUGGGGACCGAAAAAGGGAAGAAGAAUAAAAUCAACCUGAUUUUCAUAGCUGGAAACAGAGUGCUGAAAUACGCCGAAAAGAGUUACAGCGUUGAAAAAUCGCUGACUGGUCUUCUCAAGACAGGAGCAGAUGAGCACGUCGAUGCUGUGGACAAGAUACAGAAGACUGUCAAACGUCUUCAGAAGAGUAAUCUAAUUAUCCUGAGGGAAAUGGCUGUUCUGAUAGCGCAGAACUUCAAAAACCAAGCGGGCAGGGGAAACUUCUUCAGCUUGCACAACAAAGACGGUGAUAAUGAGUUCAUGAACAUCAUUGCGAACGGCAUUGGAUUUCAGGACACGGUGAUCUUCCUGACCGUGGGUGAGGAGAAGGGUGCCGGGCUGUUCCUGCUCGCAGGGCCUGAGGACAUCGUCUCUGAAGUGGGACCUCGGGUGGCGGAUCUGCUGCAGGGUAAAGGAGCGGGAAAAGCUGGACGUUACCAGGGUAAAGCCAACAGCCUGGCCAAGAGAGCAGAGGCUGAGGCUUUACUGAAGGAGCACAGCUGCAAACUAACCGUAGGAGAGGAAUGAAACAGCGGUGCAGUCACGUCUAUACCCAAAUACAUGAACCCUUUUGCGACUCGUCAGAACAGCUUGACUUCGUUUUAUCGGUCUACACUGGAAGCGCUCAAUACGUCCCAACACAUCACGACGGAGCUUUAGUUGAAAGAUGCUCCGUUUCUGUUUUUCAUGAAGCACAUAACUAAUCCAGCCUAUUUAUUUUUCCCGUCCAUUUAAAAAAAAAUAAAAAUUAUUAUUAUUUAGCCUUCUGACUCGUUGGGUUAAAGGCAGCUCGUGACAUUUUGGACCUUAAAUGUAAGUCAUUUUACUAGAAAAUAAAUCUAGGCAUACGAGCAUUUUUAUACAAAUGGGUUUUAGCUGAAAGCGAAAUAGGAAACGAAUUCUAUAAAUUAUAUUAUCUUCCUGCUGAUUGGUCCUUGACGGCAUGCAGCAUCCGACGCAGUCCCUGGGAUGUUGUUUGCUUCCAGCGUAGCUAAAGUGCUUCGGAGAAGCGUCGCUUGAACGGUGGACUUUGGUGUAAUUGGAGCUGGUUAAUGUAGCGACGAUGCCUUUUCACUGGAAGUUAUAAAAAAUAUCUUCAUCGCUAAUCAUUUGGUGUUGCCCUGCUGUACGACUGAGGUUACGAAAACAGUGUAUUAGUUGGAGCAAAAUUAAAUGCCUCAAUUGUCAAUGAAAGUUUGUAUUUUUUUUUUCUUUGUCGUAGCGCACGCUCUUCAAAAAAUCGCCAUAAUUCAUAAAUGCUUAUCAGCCGUUGGAUUGGUUCAUAAUAUAAAUAGCCAAAAAACUAAAUGUAUAAGAAUAAAAAACAGCCAGAUAGACAUAUAAUAAACUUGCAGAACAUUGACGUUGUUAUAAGAACAAAUAAUCGCUGUAUAAUUUACACUGCAAAUCAUUUUCUGUAAUGCAAGUCUUUAGAUGCCUCUGUGCAGUCAUCACCAAACAUAAAGCUGAUUGAAUGCUAAAAAUGAAUGUUUUUGAAAUGAAGUAUUUGUAAGCGUGUGAUUCACUCACACCUGACUGUACCGUACAGCUUGUGCUUAAUAAAUCAUCUUCCAAUUAA